UCUGCCAUAUCGGACGAAACAAUAACAUGAAAUCAGUAAGAAGAUGCCGAUCACACAAACUAAUAGCAGAGUUAGGAACAACUUUCAUUCAAACCUCCUCAAACAAAAGCAGAAAGAAUCACGAAUCGCCUGAAAUGAACAUGAACGUUUUCUACAAGAGUCUGUUGUUUUUACUGGGCUUUUUCUCAGUUCAGACGAAGGCGGGGACAGAAGUGAACGUAGCAGGAUGGGGAACAGCCGAUCAGUCGACAACAUAUACAACCUGUUAUGCUCAAAAAGCUCUGGAUAGGUUGAGAUCCACCUGUAGUCGUACAGUCACACAGAGUGACCCGUGGUGGAAACUGGAUCUGAUGAAGACGUACAGCGUGAACAGAGUGACCAUCACUAACAGUCUCCAGGACUGCUGUUACAGAUGGAUAAACGGGGCAGAGAUUCGGAUUGGAAACCAUUCUUCAGAUGUUUUCAGGAACCCACUAUGUGCUGUAGUUUCUACUAUCCCAGCAGGAGCUACCUACAGCUACUUGUGUCGUGGGAUGGAGGGACGUUAUGUUUCUGUGAAUAUUCCUGGAACUUCAAAGAUUCUUACUCUCUGUAAAAUGGGAGUCUAUGUGAUUUUUCCAGUAUAUCUUGCAGGUAAUUUGGCUACAGGAAGAACUGCCACACAGUCGUCAACCUAUGGCUACUGGUUUGCUCAACAAGCCAUUGACUUCAAUCCUGGUUUCACAAAUUCAUGGUCAGCAUGUUCUUCAACCGAUGCUCAGACUAACCCGUGGUGGAGGGUGGAUCUCGGUUCUGUGUACCGAGUUAAUAGAGUCGUCAUCACAAACAGACUAGACUGCUGUCCAGAGCGAAUAAACGGAGCACAGAUUCACAUCGGAAACUCUCUGGAGAACAACGGCAACAACAAUCCCAUAUGUGCUGUGAUUUCUAGCAUUCCAGCUGGUGUUUCCUCCAACUACACAUGUAACGAUAUGGAGGGUCAAUACGUGAAUCUGAUCAUUCCUGGAGAUUCAAAGUAUCUUACUCUGUGUGAGGUGCAGGUGUAUGGAGAAGGUCCUUUUUUGCCAGAAGACUCUUGUGAAGAUGAACCUGAAGUUUGAGUCUGUCUGAACCUGAGAUGAGAUCCAGCUCCUGUCACAGAUUCAGUCUGUUCUGGUGGAACGAGGGAUUUCUGACGUGAAGAAAGAGAUGAUGAUGAUGACGAUGAUCGUGAAACCUAAACUCUCUUCAGAUCAGUUUUGAUGUUCUUCAUUUACAUGCUGGAAUUUUUUC